CGUGAGCGUCACUCCCCCCAAAGAUGGCGGUCGUGGUGGGUCUGUCACCGUGCCGGGGCGUUGGGCCCCUUUUCGGGAAGGGCCUCUGUCUCCGGAGCGGCCUUGCCCGUUCUCUCGUGCGGCGGGGCUCGGUGAGGUCCAGUGGCUCGACGGCGGUGUACGACGUUGUGGUAUCGGGUGGCGGCAUGGUCGGGACCGCCAUGGCUGCUGCACUGGGGCAUGAUGUUCACCUGUCUGAUAAGAAAAUUCUGCUACUUGAAGCCCGUCCAAAGAAAGUGUCUAACCAGUUGCCCAAGAGUUACAGUAAUAGAGUCAGUGCUAUCACCCCUGGUUCAGCCACACUUCUCAGUAGUUUUGGUGCUUGGGAUCAUAUUUGCAGUAUGAGAAUCAAGCCAUUUCGGCGGAUGCAGGUGUGGGAUGCUUGUUCUGAGGCCAUGAUAAUCUUUGAUAAAGAUAACUUGGAAGACAUGGGUUAUAUAGUGGAGAAUGAUGUUAUCAUGUCUGCUCUAACCAAACAACUGGAUGCAGUUUCAGACUGCGUUGAAGUUCUUUACAGGAGCCGAGCAAUUGGCUACUCCUUGCCCCUUCCUUAUGAAACCUCUGACUCAAGCCCUUGGAUCCAAAUUGAUUUAGCAAAUGGACGCAGGCUACAGACCAAACUGUUGAUUGGUGCAGAUGGGCAGAACUCUAUAGUUCGGAAGGCAGCUGGUAUUCAAAAUAUUCAGUAUCAAUAUGGACAGUCAGCUGUAGUUGCUACCCUUCACUUAUCUGAGGCAACAGAUAACAACGUAGCAUGGCAGAGAUUCCUUCCAUCAGGACCAAUUGCUCUCCUCCCGCUCUCUGACACUGUCAGCUCUUUGGUUUGGUCCACAUCACAUGAGCAUGCAUCCCAACUUCAGAGAAUGGAUGAGGAAAGUUUUGUGGAUUCUAUCAAUUCUGCUUUUUGGAGCAACGCAAAUCACUCUGACUUCAUUGAUACUGCUGGAUCCAUGUUCCGAUCUGCUGUCUCUCUCUUGAUGCCAUCGGGGACUGCAGCCCGUCAGCUGCCCCCAAGUGUUGCAAAAGUGGAUCCAAAGAGCCGAGCUGUGUUCCCUCUUGGACUGGGGCAUGCAACAGAAUAUGUCCAACACCGUGUGGCCCUUAUUGGGGAUGCAGCUCACAGAGUACAUCCUCUUGCAGGUCAGGGUGUAAAUAUGGGCUUUGGUGACAUAGCCUGCUUGAGGCAACUUCUCAGCACUGCAGCAUUUAAUGGGAAGGACCUGGGCUCUUUAAAGCAUCUACUACAGUAUGAAAGUGAGCGGCAAAAGCACAACCUCUCUCUCUUGGCCACAACAGACUUAUUAAAGAGGCUGUACUCUACAAAUAUAGCUCCUUUUGUACUGCUAAGGACAUGGGGAUUGCAAGCAACUAAUGCUGUUCCUCCAAUUAAAGAGCAGAUCAUGGCGUUUGCUAGCAAGUGACAUCCUUGUGACUCUAGGAUGAUAGUUCCUGAGUGGUUGCUGUAUACUUGCCAAUUACAAAGACUGUGUUUGAAAUGGCAUUUAAACAAAACGGGAAGCACAGUAUUUUCUUACGUUUGCCAAUUGUGGCUGAAAGUUCUUCUUUCCUCCAGCAGUACCAGCAGAUUUUUUUCUUCUAGAAUGUCAAGAUCUAUCUCUAAUCUGACACAGUACUGGAUCUGGAGCUCUAAAUAUUGGCCUUGAAAACAGUAUUGUUGGAAUGAAUUUACUUGUAUC